AUGGACCUCAAUUCAGCAUCAAUCCACGACGUCAUCCACCCCACAGCUGCCUUCUCGCAGAAUUCACCGCCGGCUAAUCACCCCACAGACCCGCCCGAGGAGGUUCCCUGGUCAGAGUCCCAGCUGAACCCGAAGAAUCGUGUCAACAGUCUCGACCCGCCCCAGAACCCGCGAUGGCGGAUCGACGGCUCUACAGGGCUGGGGACCCAGUUUUACGCCUUGCCCCUCAAUGCUGGCCCCCUGCCGCCAAUGCGCUUCGACGUGUUUAUCCCCGAAGAGGCAGGCCUAUCGCCACGGCUCCGGGAGAUCUUAAGCCUGAACGCUGCCUUUCAUACCAAAGAUGCAGACAGAGUAAGAAGGCUUGGCAUUACCAACCACAUCCUACGUCGGCUUCAAACCUGGAUGGCAGGAGAGGGAGAGCUGAAGUCGUUGUACGAGAAUCUGCCGUUCGGCUCUCGCAUUAUUCUCGAAAACCUGGAUCUGGACCUGAGCAAAAUGCGCAUAACCGUCGCCCCCACAUACUAUCUCGAGAAACAGUUGCUCGCGUUGGCGAAGCUAGACAAGGCUCUUGGGGUCCCCUCUGAGCAGCUCCCACAGGCUGUGGAUAUUAAGAACCUUGUUAUUGUCCAGCAGCUUUCCGACAGUGUGUGUAUCGUGCGAUUGUCUCCAGGGAAGACCGACGACGGCACAGCGCAUGGCAAUGACAAGUUAUGGAUUCUAAAGGCCUUGACAAGCGGUGUCAAGUAUAUGUACGUUGAGCUGCGCAAUUUGCUGCUGAUGAAGCCGCAUCCGAAUGUGAUUUCGAGGCCCGACUACCUUGUCACCAAGAUCUGCAGCUUUGGAGGAAAGAGAGCAGUGGUCGGGUUUAUGCUCCCUUACCAUUCUGGCGGAGGUCUGCGUGAUAUGCUCCCUCUGUUGCGGAUCAAUGGCCGCUUGACCAUGGAUAUGCGGCUCAAAUGGGCGAUACAGCUAACCUCAGCUGUGUUACAUGUAAGGGAGGAAGGACGCAUGUUUUAUCCCGAUCUUCGGCUCGACAAUAUUAUCCUAUCGGAAACCGGCGACCUUAUUAUGGUUGACUUUGAGCAGCGCGGUGUGUGGUGUGAGUUUGCCGCGCCUGAAAUCAACGCGAUCGACUUCAUCCGCAUCCUGGCUACCCGCAGCGUGGGUGACAGUGGUAACAACGGCAACGAGACAGGCAUCCCCGAAGAUACCCGCAAGUAUUAUGCUUCGAUUCUGAGCAAGCUCAUGCCCGACUGGGAGAAACUUCAAUCUUGCGAGGAAUAUCCCCCACUAGAUGGCGCAUACCAGAGCUAUAUCAUCCCAUGGCUGUGCCUUGACGAGCGAGAGCAAGAAGCAGCAGAAGUGUUUAUGCUUGGUCGAGUUCUGUGGUGCAUUUUUGAAGGACAGAGUGCUCCUCACCACGUGACACCUUGGCAAUCGUACCUCCGUGAGCCGGAUAUUGAAUUCCCUGCCUAUCGGUACACACCGGUUGUGCUGAGGGAUCUCAUCGAUCGCUGCACACGGGGUAGGCGACCGGGACUGUCAAGUCUAAUUGUCCGACAAAAAAGCAAACUGGUGCUGCGUGGGACAGUGGGGGAGAGCAGCCCAGAGGAAGUCAUGAAGGCUGCGAGGGAGUACUGGCGCGCGGAGGUGGAGGAGGCAGAGCGCUUCGUGUGGUUGAGGGAGGAGCGAAAGCGGCAGGGGGCAUGGGACGGUAAUCAUUUUGGACGGCCACGACUUCGGGAGGUGCUUCGUGAGUUGCAGGCAUUUCGUGAUGCGUACAGCUGA